AUGCUCGAGCCGAACCUCCCGCCACUUCCGGGUGCGCCGCUCAAAGCGCUCCGCCACUUCCGGGCCCACAUCACUCCCGAAAGCCAGCAAAGCCGGUUGUUUACCGGCGGGCAGUGGGAAGCCGAGGAGGAGUCCAUUUAUUUUACUGAUGGUAACUGGACCGAAGCGCACGGGGCGGUCGCGGGCAGGAGGCCGCGGUCACCGGCGGCUCCAGCGCGUCAGAGUCAGCAAGGACACCCCGAUGCGCUCCUGCCUCGCUCCCGGCUCGAUCCCAUCAACUCCAGCAGGUCAUGGACAACACCCGACGAAGAGCUCCCCGCCGUCCCGAGCUCUCCAAGGGGCGGAGAGACCGCCGCCCCUCCGCCGUCACCGCCCCUCAGCGGAGCCGCCCCUCAGCUUCCCGUCAUCACGGCAGGUCCCCCAGCUCCCCUCAGCGGCGCCGCCGCCGCAUCGCCACCGCUUCCCCUCAGCGGCGCCGCCCCUCAGCCUCCCGUCGCCAUGGCGGCUCCUCCACCGCCUCUUCUCAGCGGCGCCGCCCCUCAGCCUCCGGUCAUCAUGGCGGGCCCCCCGCCUCCCCACAGCGGCGCCGCGCCCCCACCUCUCCUCAGCGGCGCCGCCCCUCAGCCUCCGGUCAUCAUGGCGGGCCCCCCGCCUCCCCACAGCGGCGCCGCGCCCCCACCUCUCCUCAGCGGCGCCGCCCCUCAGCCUCCGGUCAUCAUGGCGGGCCCCCCGCCUCCCCACAGCGGCGCCGCGCCCCCACCUCUCCUCAGCGGCGCCGCCCCUCAGCCUCCGGUCAUCAUGGCGGGCCCCCCGCCUCCCCACAGCGGCGCCGCGCCCCCACCUCUCCUCAGCGGCGCCGCCCCUCAGCCUCCGGUCAUCAUGGCGGGCCCCCCGCCUCCCCACAGCGGCGCCGCGCCCCCACCUCUCCUCAGCGGCGCCGCCCCUCAGCCUCCGGUCAUCAUGGCGGGCCCCCCGCCUCCCCACAGCGGCGCCGCGCCCCCACCUCUCCUCAGCGGCGCCGCCCCUCAGCCUCCGGUCAUCAUGGCGGGCCCCCCGCCUCCCCACAGCGGCGCCGCGCCCCCACCUCUCCUCAGCGGCGCCGCCCCUCAGCCUCCGGUCAUCAUGGCGGGCCCCCCGCCUCCCCACAGCGGCGCCGCGCCCCCACCUCUCCUCAGCGGCGCCGCCCCUCAGCCUCCGGUCAUCAUGGCGGGCCCCCCGCCUCCCCACAGCGGCGCCGCGCCCCCACCUCUCCUCAGCGGCGCCGCCCCUCAGCCUCCGGUCAUCAUGGCGGGCCCCCCGCCUCCCCACAGCGGCGCCGCGCCCCCACCUCUCCUCAGCGGCGCCGCCCCUCAGCCUCCGGUCAUCAUGGCGGGCCCCCCGCCUCCCCACAGCGGCGCCGCGCCCCCACCUCUCCUCAGCGGCGCCGCCCCUCAGCCUCCGGUCAUCAUGGCGGGCCCCCCGCCUCCCCACAGCGGCGCCGCGCCCCCACCUCUCCUCAGCGGCGCCGCCCCUCAGCCUCCGGUCAUCAUGGCGGGCCCCCCGCCUCCCCACAGCGGCGCCGCGCCCCCACCUCUCCUCAGCGGCGCCGCCCCUCAGCCUCCGGUCAUCAUGGCGGGCCCCCCGCCUCCCCACAGCGGCGCCGCGCCCCCACCUCUCCUCAGCGGCGCCGCCCCUCAGCCUCCGGUCAUCAUGGCGGGCCCCCCGCCUCCCCACAGCGGCGCCGCGCCCCCACCUCUCCUCAGCGGCGCCGCCCCUCAGCCUCCGGUCAUCAUGGCGGGCCCCCCGCCUCCCCACAGCGGCGCCGCGCCCCCACCUCUCCUCAGCGGCGCCGCCCCUCAGCCUCCGGUCAUCAUGGCGGGCCCCCCGCCUCCCCACAGCGGCGCCGCGCCCCCACCUCUCCUCAGCGGCGCCGCCCCUCAGCCUCCGGUCAUCAUGGCGGGCCCCCCGCCUCCCCACAGCGGCGCCGCGCCCCCACCUCUCCUCAGCGGCGCCGCCCCUCAGCCUCCGGUCAUCAUGGCGGGCCCCCCGCCUCCCCACAGCGGCGCCGCGCCCCCACCUCUCCUCAGCGGCGCCGCCCCUCAGCCUCCGGUCAUCAUGGCGGGCCCCCCGCCUCCCCACAGCGGCGCCGCGCCCCCACCUCUCCUCAGCGGCGCCGCCCCUCAGCCUCCGGUCAUCAUGGCGGGCCCCCCGCCUCCCCACAGCGGCGCCGCGCCCCCACCUCUCCUCAGCGGCGCCGCCCCUCAGCCUCCGGUCAUCAUGGCGGGCCCCCCGCCUCCCCACAGCGGCGCCGCGCCCCCACCUCUCCUCAGCGGCGCCGCCCCUCAGCCUCCGGUCAUCAUGGCGGGCCCCCCGCCUCCCCACAGCGGCGCCGCGCCCCCACCUCUCCUCAGCGGCGCCGCCCCUCAGCCUCCGGUCAUCAUGGCGGGCCCCCCGCCUCCCCACAGCGGCGCCGCGCCCCCACCUCUCCUCAGCGGCGCCGCCCCUCAGCCUCCGGUCAUCAUGGCGGGCCCCCCGCCUCCCCACAGCGGCGCCGCGCCCCCACCUCUCCUCAGCGGCGCCGCCCCUCAGCCUCCGGUCAUCAUGGCGGGCCCCCCGCCUCCCCACAGCGGCGCCGCGCCCCCACCUCUCCUCAGCGGCGCCGCCCCUCAGCCUCCCGUCGCCAUGGCGGCUCCUCCACCGCCUCUUCUCAGCGGCGCCGCCCCUCAGCCUCCGGUCAUCAUGGGGGCAUCGGUCCCUCCCCUCAGCUUCUCGCACGGGCUCUUCCCGCCCAGCGCAGCCGCGGAGCCGCAGCCCGGGCGCGGGAAGGGCGGGCAGGCCGGGGCGGCGUCGGUCCCGGCGGGGUAG